AUGGCCGGGGUGGACUUCAUUCCCAUGGUCUGGGGUCAUGGCACCAUCCCCCUUGCAGAGGCAGAUGGGCUCCCCAAAGGCAGCAAGGCGCUUCUGGGCUUCAACGAGCCCAACUUUCCUGACCAGGCAAACCUGGACCCGUACUGGGCUGCGCAGCACUGGCCGGAUGUGGAGAAGCUGGCAGCUGCGAACAACAUCUCUUACAUUGUUUCUCCUGCUUUGAAUUAUCAUUGGUCCUUCGACCCAAUUGACUGGCUGUACCAGUUCUUUGCGAUUUGCGAGGGUUGCAAGGUGGAUGCGGUUGCCUUGCACGUUUUCAGCUGCUAUGCGGCCGGUUUGAAAUAUCACCUGGACCGAUACCGGGUGUUUGGAAAACCUUUGUGGGUCACAGAGAUUGCUUGCUCAGACCCUGCAUCACCCGAGCGUUUGUCAGCAGAGGGCCAGAUGGCAUAUAUGAAGGAGGCCAUUCCACUUCUUGAAGCGGAUGAUGACGUUGAGAUGUAUGCUUGGUUCAGUUACUUCAAGGACGAGUGGGCCCACCCCAUUGUUAAUGGCGAGAACGGAGAUGCUGGCAUCGUAUUUCCGAAUGGCACUCUCUCGCCCUUGGGAGAGCUCUACAACUCUUUUGCAGCGGGGUCCAACAAGACUGAGAUCAACAUAACUAUGCCUGAAUGGAAGAACGAGACCGUUUCAACCACGGCCACAAGUGAGACCGUUGCAACCUCCAUCGCUACAACUUCCACUUCCUCUGCGACGGACACUGCAACAUUGACCCUAUCUUCCGUCACUUCAACCAUUACGGCCACCUUUGCCACUGCUACUGGAACCUCUACAAGUGCAACGAGCACCCGGACAUCAGCGACACUGACAGCUACGGAAACCACAGUGACUGCAACCCAGACGGCCACAACGGCAACAACCACCCAAACCACAGUGACAGCAACAAGCACCGAGACCUCCAUCACAUCAGCUGAUACCGGUACAAGCACAGCUAGCUCCACAGUCAGCUCAACGCUGACCUCGUCAGCUACUGACACCGUCACAAGCAGUUCCACCCUGACAACGACUAAGACGACCGUGACAGUGACUGCCACCAGCAGCACGGCAACAUGGUCUGGGAUUACAUCAACGCGAACGGCAACAACCUGGACUGCAACAACGCAGACCAGCACACGGUCAACUACACAAACGGGGACCGCGACGCUGACAGCAGCCCAGACUGGCACCAGCACACUUUCACAAAUCAUCACCAUGACGACCUCCCAAACUGGAACGAGCACUGCAACAGCAACCCAAUCUAGCACCGCGACAACCACUCAAACUGGCACAAGCACACUCACGAGAACCCUUUCUGGCACCAGCACAGCGACAGCUUCCCAGACAGGUACGUCAACUCUGGGCAGCACAGAGGCAACUACCUCCACCUCUGCGUCUGCCAACGGCACCGCAACGGCAACCUUGACAGUUACUAAAGUAUCUGCACUGAGCGCGACCAGCACAACAGAGUCUACCUCGACAGCCACGUCAUCCAGCACAGCCAAGAAGGAGAGUACCACUCCCGAGCCGCAGCGGAAGUACACGACACGACACCUGACGGGCACAGCACCCAGCACCACCUUAACUCAGGGUGAAUCAACUACCAGCACUGAGCCGGAAUACGACGAUGAGGACAACUCUACCAACGAUACGGACUCCGAGAUCGACUUUUUGUCCUGCACAGAGGCUGUUGAGUCGUGGUGCCAGGCUGAUCCCUCAGCGGCACCGUUUUACCCACUGCGACACUGCGCAGAUUGGCGAUUGCAUGAUGCGAUGUGCACGUCCUCUGCCCCGAUCGCUGCCCAGCCCGCCUUUGCUGGCCUCGAAAUGCCGUCAGGCAAUUUCCCCGCUGCCUUUCUGUUCGUGGCUAUGGGGGCAAGCGCUAUGACUGGAGCAGUGCUUGCAUCUCUAUACAACAAGCAGAAAUGCUGCCUUCCUCUUUGCUGUCGCAGAAAGACCCGGGCGGAAGAGGAGCAGGAAGCGUUGAAACGUGCGGCGUCUGGCAAGAAGUGUGAGUGGCAAGGAACGUGUAUGCCAGUGAUGGGCAAGCACGGGUCUGCUGCCACUGCUCGUGUGGCACCUGAUCCUGGCGUUUUUCUUCCUGAAGAGGCUGUGGCCCGCCGGGUGGCAUUUUCGCCCCAGAAUGCUAAGAACGCGCCGUGCGAGGGAUCGCCGAUGAUGGCUAGCUUGAGCAAAGCAAGCAACUGGAAUGAGAUCGCAGUUGGCACACCGGUGGGUACCACCCCAGCAUCUCGGGCAGCCGCGUUGACCAUGCUGGCAGAUGCCAUUUCCAAGGCAACUGCAGAAGACACAUCUUUGGAGGAGAAGCAAUCCUGGCUGGACCAGGCUGGCCGGCUCCUCUCCGGUGGCGCGGCCAUGAAUCUCCCGAUGAAUGUGCGGCAAGAGGCGGAGAGCUGGCAAAGUCGCCAGGAGGACAGGCUGCGCCUGGCCAAGAGCAUGGAGGAGGUGGUGAAUCGCGCCGCCUCUCUUCAAAAUGCUGCUGAGGAGACCUCAGCGCCAGAUCCGCUGAAGGGCCUUCUUUCCCGUGUCAAGCGUGAUGAAGAGGGCAAUCGCGAGGCCAUGCUGGCGGAGGCAGCUCGCCGUGCCAGCGCCUUCCAGGAAGAGCUGGACAGCCAGAGGCUGAAGCUCAAGGCUCGGCGAAAGGGAGACAAGUCCAUUCUAGAUGCUGCUGACUUGAUAGAGCAGAAGCAGGAGCUGGCAGACAUGCAGCAGAAGGUGGUGCAGGAGAUGUCGAAGUUGCAGGAGUGGAAAGGUGAACCAGCAGUCGGAGACAACGAUUGCGUGGGAGCAUGCAAUGCCUUGGAAGAAGCCUGGAAGCAGUUCGCUGUAAACUUGGAGGGCAUGAGCGAGGAGGCGCUGGCCGCCCUCCACGCAGCUACGGAGACCAAGACAGCCAAGGUUUUUAGCUCGGAUGCGGAGCGCCAAGCAGCUUUGGCAGAAGCAGCCAGGCGCCAGGCUCUUUUUCAGGAGGAGCUACAGAAGCAGCGCCACAAGCUGCAGAAGCGGAGCAAGGCCAAAACGGCCGCACCAGCACCUGUAGAGUUUGGUCGACUCUUGGAGGACCAAGCGGCGCUGCAGGCCCUGGAGGUUGAACGGGAGGCUGCAAUGGAGGAGUGCCAACGGUAUAUUGGUGAUGCCCGGGCGUAUGGCAACAGUGCGGAAGAAAACAAAUGGAUUGAUGUGCUGCAGGGCUGGCACGGAGUAGAGGAGGACUUGCCCCAGCUGAGUACCAAUGAGUUGCCUGAGGGUACGUGGUCCGCAAUGGCAUCCAGAGCUAAGACGGGGAAAGUGUCGGUAGACCAUGAUGAACAGCUUGCCCUGCUUGCCGAAGCAGCCCGGCGUGCUGCUGCUUUUGACGAGGAGCUGCAGAAGCAGCGGUCGCACAUGAAGAAGCGGCGGAAAGCUUUGCAGAAGGGAGAGCUCGAGCAGGCUGAUCCGUUGGAAGCCUGUCGGACGCUGGCAGACGAAGAGGUCCUGAAGAGAUUGGCCAAAGAGCAGGCUGAUGCCUGUGCCCAAUGCGAGGCCAUGGCGGCGAUUGGCGAUGGGGUGGCCUGGGAGGAGCUUGGCGCUGCCUGGGCGCAAAUGCAGAAAGACAUCAGCAAGGCCGAGAAGGAGGCCAGAGAGGCUGCCAAAGUUGUAGCGGAGACCGGCUGUGGCUUGGUGGAAGCCCUUGGGCUCACAGAGCAGGCCGUGCAAUCGACAAAGACCAAUCUGUCGGCUGUGAGGCGAGUUGAGGAUGACUCCGAAGCACGCCGCGCUGCGUUGCAGGAGGCUGCCAGACGAAUUGCAGCUUUUGAUGAGGAGCUCUCCAAGCAGAAGGCUGCCAUGCGCCGCCGCCGAGCAGACCAUCCAAAGGGCCCACGUGCCUUAGGCAGCGCUGUGCUGGAGGGCGAGGCAUUGCAGGCACUGGCCGCCAAGCAUGCCGAGGGCCUGGCGGCGUGCAAGGGUGCCGCUGAUGCAGCUGCGCAAUCUGAAGAACAUCAAGAACUCCCCUGGCAGGACCUCCUGAACGCUUGGGGCGACCUUCAGGCAGACUUGUCGGAGGCAACUGACGAUGCAGCGGCGGAAGCAAAGGCAUGCUGUGCCGAGGAGGCUUGUCAGGCCUUAGCAGCCCGCGCGCUGGCAGCUGCAGCGAAGCGGGCAGCAGCUUUUGAACGCGAGCUGGGUAGGCCGGCGAGAGAAGGAUGCUCCAAGACCACCAGUUCCUUGGGUGCAGAAGUUCGCUAUGCUCGUCAGUUGGCAACUGUGAGAAAUCUGCGGGAUGAAGCAGCAGAAGGCCUCAGUCGUGGAGACAGGCAAAUGAGCUGGUCGGGCAUUGACCGGAUCCAGGUAUGGCCUAGUAGUUCGCUCCCCUGCUGUAGGCAAGCAAGAGGCGAGUCCCCAAACCGCGGAGUUGCGCGACGCGUGGCAGGAGUUGGUCUCGCUCUGGCAAGACCUGGGCAACAAUUUGGAGGCCUUCGCUAA